CUCAUCUUCACACUUGUCCCUCUUUCCCCUCUUCCUCUCGAUCUCAUCCUAUCCCGCUAUACAUACCUUUUACUGUGUAGUUCAAAUCCGGAUACGUAAUUCUUAUACUUGAUUGACCUGCUGCAGAAACAGCUUUGUCUUUUGAUUUACUUUCACCUACAUCUACAAAAUGGUUCAUUUGGGUCCGAAAAAGCCGCCUUCCCGCAAGGGAUCUAUGAUUGAUGUUCCCCGCGAUUUGCUCGAGCAGAUUGCGCAGCUUGAAAAGCUCCUGACAGUUGAUACUGCUAAGCUUAACGAGAUUGUGGAUCACUUCGUCAAGGAGCUCGAGAAGGGUCUAUCCAAGGAAGGCGGAAGUAUUCCGAUGAUCCCGACUUGGGUGAUGAACAUGCCCGAGGGAACGGAGACUGGCAAAUACCUUGCUCUCGAUAUGGGCGGCACCAACCUUCGCGUUGUCGAAGUCGAGCUCCUCGGCCACCGUGACUUUGACGUCAAGCAGAGCAAAUACCGAUUGCCUGACGAGAUGAAGACCGGAACUGCUGAUCAGCUAUGGGAUUACAUCGCUGAUUGUCUGAAGGCGUUUAUUGAUGAGAAUCACGAGAUUCCUGAGGAUGAGGAGGAGAAGGAGAAGAAGAAGCAAGAGACGAUUCAUCUUGGCUUCACUUUCAGUUAUCCCUGCUCGCAAUCCGCAAUUCAUAAUGGAUUCCUGCAGCGAUGGACCAAGGGAUUCGACAUUGAAGGCGUGGAAGGUCACGACGUCCAGCCCAUGCUUGAAGCUGCCUUGAAGCGAAAGGAUGUGCCGAUCAAGGUUACUGCGUUGAUCAACGAUACUACCGGAACUAUGGUUGCGUCCAACUACACCGACCCCGAGACCCAGAUGGGAGUUAUUUUCGGAACUGGCUGUAACGCUGCCUACUUUGACACUAUUGGCAACAUUCCAAAGUUGGAAGGUCUGGUUGACCUUCCUCCUGAGACGCCGAUGGCGAUCAACUGCGAAUGGGGAGCGUUCGAUAACGAGCACGUCGUUCUUCCUCGGACGGCCUACGAUGUCCAGAUCGACAACGACUCUCCCCGUCCUAACCAGCAGGCAUUUGAGAAGAUGAUUGCUGGUCUCUAUCUCGGCGAGAUCCAGCGCUUAAUCAUGCUUGAUCUUCAUGAGCAGGGAUGUAUUUUCGAGAAGCAGAGUGUUGAUAAGUUGAAGGUUCCGUAUUCGAUUGACGCUUCGCUUCUCUCUCAGAUCGAGGAAGAUCCGUUUGAGAACUUGUCGGAGGUCGAGAGCAUUUUCCUCGAGCGCUUCAUGAUCACCACCACCGGUCCCGAGCGGAAGUUAGUGCGUCGUCUGGCAGAGCUGAUUGGCACACGCGCCGCUCGUCUUUCGGCAUGCGGUGUUGCUGCUAUCUGCAAGAAGAAGAACAUCACUCGCUGCCACUGCGGCGCGGACGGCUCGGUGUUCAACAAGUACCCGAACUUCCAGGAGCGCGGCGCGCAGGCGUUGAAGGAGAUUUUUGGCUGGACAGAGACCAACCCAAAGAACUAUCCGAUCCGCUUGCUUCCUGCCGAGGACGGUAGCGGUGUCGGCGCGGCGUUGAUCGCUGCGUUGACGCUGAAGCGGAUGAAGGAGGGCUUGCCGGUUGGAAUGUCUAGGGUGCCUGAGGGAUUUGGAACUAAUUAGACGCGUAGACUGUAUGUGUGAAUGUGUGUAUAGCGGGUUUAUUUAUUUACAUUUGAAUCUAGUGUAAGUAUGA